AUGGGAGAGAUGAGUCCAACUAAUCUGGAAAAAGAGCAGAAGAUCGUUGCGGACGCUUCGAUCACCAACGAUGCGGAAAAAUCAGAUCCACUGGGGACCAAUUCCCCUGUCGCAAAGCCGAUUGAGGAGGCAACAUUCGACACGGGGAUGUUCGCCUGGUUGCAGGUCUUGGGAUCGUUCUUUCUAUUCUUCAAUUCAUGGGGUGUGAUCAACACUUGGGGUGCAUACCAAACCUACUAUGAGCAAAAUCUACUUGCUGGCACUUCGUCAUCCUCCAUUGCAUGGAUUGGAUCUGUGCAGGCGUUCCUUUUGAUGCUGAUCGGUGUCAUUACGGGUCCUCUUUUCGAUGCUGGCUAUUUCCGCGGGCUACUCUACUUUGCCAAUUUUAUGCUGCCCUUCGGCCUGAUGAUGACCAGCAUAUCGACCAAGUACUGGCAUCUUUUCCUCGCGCAGGGUAUAUGUUGCGGACUAGCAGCCGGGUGUCUGUUUGUACCGUCGGUUGCCAUUCUACCUCAGUAUUUCCGUCAGAAGAGAGGACUUGCCAAUGGUCUUGCUGCUAGCGGUAGCAGCAUCGGUGGUGUGGUUUACCCGAUCAUGCUCAGCGAGUUACAGAAGAAGGUUGGAUUUGCCUGGGCGACUCGUGCACUCGGAUUUCUCAGCUUCGGAACUAUUCUGAUCUCAUUGAGCAUCAUGCGCAUUCGUUUUCCGCCAAAGGAGAAGCGCAAACUCGUACAACUAUCUGCCUUCAAGGAGCCUGGAUUCUGCCUGUUCGUUGCAUCAAUGUUCAUAGGCUUCCUGGGUUUCUAUAACUUCCUAUUCUUCGUGCAGUCGUUUGCUAUCGACACUGGCAUUGUGGAUAGAAACCUGGGUUUCUAUCUGCUUUCCAUGCUGAAUGCGGGCUCGACCUUUGGCCGUAUCGUACCCAACCUCCUCGCCGAUCACAUUGGCCCGGUCAACGUGCUCUCUCCCGCUGUAGUUAGCACCGCUGUAUUAGCCUUUGCGUGGAUUGGAGUGCACAAUGUAGGAGGGAUCAUCACUCUGGCUGUCCUCUAUGGGCUCUGCUCCGGCGGUUUCGUCUCCCUGCCUCCAGUGGUCAUGGCUAGUAUGACGCCCGACCUUCGUGACCUCGGCACUCGCCUCGGGAUGCUGUUCGCCGUUACCUCUAUUGGCAUAUUGAUCGGCACCCCAAUCGGCGGUGCCAUCCUAGCUAACACGAACAAGUAUCUUGGCGUUCAGCUAUUCACAGCUUGCUGCCUUGUUGCAUCUGCGGGGCUUAUACUUGCCUUGAGGUUUUUGCAAUCUGGCCCGAAGCUGAGGUGCAAAACUUGA